UAACAGUUGCACCAGUUCACCCAAGAAAGUCUCCAGAGGCAAAAACGAUAUUGGAAGAUUAAAAGUGCCACAUUCCUAAAUUGGAAUGAUUCAGUGCUCAGGCUGCUCUCUAACCAGCUUAUUGAGAGUCAAGGCCUUGGUCUACCUGCCAGACAAAGAGCAUCAUUAAGUAUUUACUUGUGGAUAAGGAUUCGCUGCAUGCGUAUAAUGAUGAGCGGAGAGUGUGAUCGAUUUGCUGUGUCUCAGAUGAAAGUGUGGUGGCCUAUAGCUUUGGCAGGAGCAGACAAAAAGACAGGUCAUCCAGUGUGAAUUAGGUCAUCUUUUCACUGCUUGUAGGCCAUUAGUCUAACUCUUUACUUCCAGUUGGCAGAAGUAAAGGGAGCACCAAUUUCACCCAUUACUGUCAUUGAACAAAAGAGUAAGGUGCAGUUCAAUUCUUAUGGCCUGCUAUUGGACCUUCAUUAUAGCUGCUCACCUUUGCAAACAAAGACCAUAUAGCCUAGCCUAUAAACUACUCUGAUCUCAUGAUAAUUAAGAAGAUUAGGUAGCAGGAUUAAGAUAUAAUAAAUCAUUAGAGGCAUCUAAACCCCUCUGGAAAAGUAAAAAAAAAAGCCAAAAGAAAAUAAAAAAAUGAAAGUAAUAUGUAAUAUUACUAUCUUUACAAUAAUUUGAUGUAUGACUUUUUAAUAAGGGCAAAUGAAAUAAAAACUACAACCUACUUAAUGCUUAUUGUGAACACCCAGGCAUCCUCUCCUGAUUAGCCACGACACUUGGCUCUGCAUAUUUUCAGCAGUGCCCUGGCUUUUCUGUGGUAACAAGGAGAAACACACGUCUCCGUGGCAACCAGACCAAAGCGUCUCUGCAGUUGCAUAGCAACCACUACAAAAAACAACGGUCGACACGUUUUGAGAGCCACACAAAUACUAAUUAGUUAGCAACGUUGCUUUUCAUUUUCGUUUUGGACUCGCUACAUCAUUUGAGAAGACUAGACCUGUAGAUAUGUUGAAGAACAAGACGGAGCUAAAAACACAAGGCUUCACCGUGAAGGCCACUAUGAAGAACUCCGUGGUGGUGGGUCCUCCGGCUGCAGGGGCUUUUCGGGAACGUCCUUCUAAACCAACCAACUUUCGCAAAUUCUAUGAGCGGGGAGAGUUUCCCAUGGCACUGGAGCAUGACACCAAAGGCAACCGCAUUGCAUGGAAGGUGGAGAUCGAGAAGCUGGACUACCACCACUACCUGCCUCUGUUCUUUGAUGGCCUAUGUGAGACUAUUCAUCCGUACGAGUUCUUCGCCCGCCAGGGAGUCCAUGACAUGCUGGAGCACGGAGGCCCCAAGAUCCAGCCCGUCAUUCCCCAGCUCAUCAUCCCCAUCAAGAAUGCCCUGAACACGAGGAACCGUCAGGUGAUCUGCACCACGCUUAAAGUCCUGCAGCAUCUGGUGAUGUCUGGAGACAUGGUGGGAGAGGCUCUGGUGCCCUACUACAGACAGAUCCUCCCCAUUCUCAACAUCUUCAAGAACAUGAACAUCAACUCUGGAGAUGGAAUCGACUACAGCCAGCAGAAGAGAGAGAACAUCGGUGACCUGAUCCAGGAGACUCUGGAGGUGUUUGAGCGCUACGGAGGAGAGGACGCAUUCAUAAAUAUCAAAUACAUGGUGCCCACCUACGAGUCCUGCAUGAUCAGCUGAGGAGGGCCAUCACCUUUGACGUUGCACAGACUCUUGACUUUACUUCUUUUCCACUCUUUUUUUAUCUGCCCUCCCCACCACCACCUCUACAUGAAACCCUUAUCUUAUCCCUUUUUUAUCCUUGUUUUCCCCUAAUCUCAACCCGACUCCACUUGUUCUCUUUUUCUUUCUGAACCCAGCACUACGUCCUCUGCUCGGUUUUGCUCCCAUCCAUGAGCUCCAACCCACCGCUCCUUCCUCUCUACCUCCCCCCGGCUCUUUAGCAUCCUUUUUAAAUUCUUAUUAAAUUCACAAGUCUUGAAGUA